ACUGGACUGCGGUAGCGGAAGUAGCAGUAGCCGCUAGUUUGACUGGGCUAGGCGGAUCCCUUCCCUGACGCCUUUCAAACUUUUACCACACUUGUGUGGCGGCGAGUCGCUUCUGGAAAUACUAAAGUGAAGAAGAUGGGGGACAAGGAGCUGAUGUGGGCUCUGAAAAAUGGAGAAUUGGAUGAGGUGAAGGCCUUAUUGCAACAGAAUGAGGAUGUAAACCGGACAUUGGAAGGUGGUAGAAAGCCCCUGCAUUACGCUGCAGACUGUGGCCAGGCUGAGAUGGUGGAGUUCCUGUUGUCUAAAGGAGCAGAUGUCAAUGCUCCGGACAAACAUGGCAUCACUCCAUUGUUGUCUGCUACCUAUGAGGGUCACCUUUCCUGUGUCAAGAUUCUACUAGAGAAGGGUGCUGAUAAGGAAAGAAAGGGACCAGAUGGGUUGAGUGCCUUCGAGGCAGCAGAAAGUGAUGCCAUAAAGGCCCUGCUGAAAUGAGACCUCAUCUCACAGCCCUGCAGCUUCUAGGUGCAAACAGGCACUUGGCUGCCACCAGACAGAUCACACACAUGCACAUGACUUUGCCUUUGCAAGGUGGCCGCCUUGUCUUCAUCUAGGUUUUCUUUUUGACCCAUGUGUACUGUUUUUUUUUUUUUUUUUUUUUUUUUUUUUUUUGAUCUUUUUUAUUAUUAUUGUUAUUGUUUUUGGUUUUUGGGGAGUGGGUGUAUAGUAACUCUCUGCUAGCUUGUUUAAAUUAGCCGUUGGUUAAAUGGACCUGUCAAUCAAAUAUUGACCGGCUGGGAAGAAGCUCUCUUCUUCUGUGUUGUACCACUAAAUUUACACCUAUAGUCAAAAUAAAACUCUAGCGCUUAUGUACAGCUUACAGCAAGGAUCAAGUCAAAAUGUAUUUUAGUUCAUCAACAGGAUUGAUGUUUAAUUACUGUAAUAUCAACCAGCUCUUCCUGUUCCAUAUGGGAUGUGGGGUGGCAUAUGGGACUAGUAGGAUGACAAAGUAGAAGUAUUCAUCAUAGUGACCAUCUCUCAGUGGGAAACACCCAGCCUCAGUAAUAUUUAUUAACAUUCCCACAGGGCUGUUUAGCUCAUUUAACAAUAAAUUACGAAUAAUACAAACAAAGUGUUGAAAAUUUGUCAUGCCAUGCUGCAUUUCUACUUUUCUGCUUGGUUAUGUCGGUAUUGUUAAUGAGGGGAGUGAUUUAGUAGUUUGUUUCGGGGGGUUCUAUCAAUCAAAAGUACAAACGGAUGAGCAGACACUCCCCUGCACAUCUGUCCCAAACACUGAUGGACUUGACCACACACCCCACCGCAUGCUGACGCCUCUGCUGCCACACUCUGAAAUUGUUGUGCUUUUCUUGCUUUUUCCUUUUUCUGUUAGCUUAAAAGUAACAAAUCCAACCAUCAAACAAAAAAAGCAUUUUAAAGCUUUCUAUCUGGCUUCAUUGUGAGAAAGAUGAUGGAAAAAACUAAUAAACAUUUUGAACUUGG